UGUGUUUGAAUUGCAGAGUGAAUGUUAGUUUAGUAUGAGCAUAUUUUUCUGUGAGUCGGUUGUCGGUAACUGGUGGUAAUUAUCCAGGGAAAAACGAUAAAUAACAGGAAGGUCACAUAUGAUUGUGAUUUAUAAAUACUUUACUACCACCCAAUUGCAGUAACGGUGCGCAUGGCCGUCUAAUGUUUGUGGAAAUUACUGUGCAGAAAGGAUAUUUUAUAUUUCGCGUUGUAGGACGUAAAAAUUCAAUAUUCGCGAUGUCUCUGCUUUUAUUUUUCCCUAACUACAGGAUUUCACUUGCUUUAAUGGGCGCGGGAAACAAAUUAAAGGUAUUGCGCUAAUAAAUGUUCAUCUAUAAUAUGAAUAACUACACAUAAGUAACAUACAAUGCCAAAUUUUCUGUCAAGUACAUAUUCGAAAGUACGUGUUACGUAAUGAUACAUUGCAUCGCUGCAUCGUGGAGUUAGUCUACUCUCAAUCAUAUUUCGUGAGUGUUAGCUUAUUUGAUGCAGUCAUAAAAAUAAUCUUUACAUUCAAAUUAACUUUGAAUAAAAAAUAUAUUUAAAUAAAAGGGGCAUACUCUUUUUUCUUAAGAACAAAUACAUAUGAAUUUAGUUAUCGUGCGUAAAUUCAACAACAAAAAUAUAAUUUACCACAAUGAAUAGGACAGAGUGUGAAAAUAUGGCAGCAUCACUGAGAUGGUCAGAUCCAGCGAAUAUAAUAUCGUUAGCUAUACUUCUAUUUAUCAUACUCUUAGUAAUUUCCGGAAAUUCUUUAGUUAUAGCAGCAGUAUUCUGUUCAAACAAAUUACGUAGUGUUACGAAUUACUUAAUAGUUAAUUUAGCCGUUGCAGACUUGUUGGUAGGGUUAACUGUUCUUCCGUUCUCGGCAAUAUGGGAAGUUUUUAAGAUAUGGAUAUUCGGUGAUGUCUGGUGUCGUAUGUGGCUUGCUGUAGAUGUAUGGAUGUGCACAGCAUCCAUAUUGAACUUAUGCGCAAUAUCUUUAGAUAGAUAUGUAGCCGUUACCCGUCCGGUUGCCUACCCGAGUAUAAUGUCAACAAAACGGGCUAAAUCAUUGAUUGCUGGAGUUUGGGUGCUUUCAUUUGUUAUAUGCUUUCCCCCACUUGUUGGCUGGAAGGAUCAAAAGUCGAUAAUACAGUCAGUGUACACACGAGAAAAUUACACCCAUUUCUAUACUACAACUGUUGUAUCUGUUCAGCGUAGUGUGCAAUUAAAGCAAAUGCAGCAGUUACGAUUUCCAUACAAUCGGACGCACAUGUCAUUAGAUGCAACACCUGACAUAUUAAUGUCAGAUACCGAGGGUUUUAAUUACCAAGAUCCAGCGCAGGAAUCUUUAGAGAGUGGAGAAUAUAUGGAGAGUUCAAAAUUCUUCUAUGAAAAGUCAUUUUGUUCUGCAAAGUGUGAAUUGACAAAUGAUCGCGGUUAUGUUUUAUACUCGGCAUUGGGAUCAUUCUACAUCCCGAUGUUUGUGAUGCUCUUUUUUUAUUGGCGCAUAUACAAAGCAGCAGUGAGAACUACACGAGCAAUAAAACAGGGCUUCAAGACCACAAAGGGAUCGAAAAGUAUUGGUUCACGUUUCGAAGAAAAACGCUUAACAUUACGAAUUCAUCGUGGACGCGGUACAAAUCAGCACGACUCAACCUAUAGUAGUGGCAGCACCCAAAGCACCACCACUACAUUGGGCACUCCAUCCCCAGAGCGCCUUUCAAAAUAUACCACCCGACGGUCUCAUAACCCCGACAAAAUUAAGAUAUCCGUUUCAUAUGCUUCCACUGAAACUAUUAAUGAAUUUCGCGGUGGUGAGUCGACUGGCUCUGGUGAACACCCUCCUUUCAACAGUGGCAGCACCCUUUAUGCGGUGCACUACAAUUCAGUAAGCGGUAGCGAGACGAUCGAGUCGGAACUCUUUCCCCAGCAAAGCAAAAUUUGUUAUUUACAAGUAGACAAUGAGCGCCGCCAAUCAAAUACCAGCGAUAUAACCCACCAACAUGCAAUGUCAUUUAUGCAGCAACAUCAACCAUAUAGAAGCAAAAAAAUUGGACGAAAAAAUUUCAAAACACAAGUUAAACGUUUUCGAACAGAAACUAAGGCCACAAAAACUCUUGCUAUCAUUGUUGGUCUCUUUAUUUUCUGCUGGCUCCCAUUUUUUACAAUUUAUAUUAUCCGAGCCUUUUGUCAAGAUUGCAUUGAUCCUAUACUCUUCUCAAUUCUUUUUUGGCUUGGUUACUGUAACUCAGCGAUCAACCCAAUGAUAUAUGCACUUUUUUCUAAAGAUUUUCGUUCUGCUUUUAAGGUUAUUAUUUGCUAUUGUUCUUUUUCUCAUGAAAGUAUUUCAUUAAAAAGUUCUCGCAGAGGCAGUGAUAUUUCGUCUGGACGUUUUCGUGACCGGACACCCAGCAGAUCUCAGAGUGCACUACAAUUCCAUUCACUGGGUGGAGAAAGUGAAAUGCAUUGUUCAGAACUAAGUAGCGUUCAUAGGUGACUAUCUUAUCGGUCCAACUCCUAAUUUUCAGACCGAUAUUCAGGUUCACUAAAGCAGUUUGUCUGUUUCUCAGAAUUAGGUUUGUAUGAGGGAUUAAAUAUUACAUCUAUUUUGAUCUGGAUAAUUAUGCGAACUCAGUUGUAGCUUUUACUUGGCGAACAGUGGUGUUCUCAAACUUUCAGAUGGUGGUUGUUCGGGACCGAAAAGGCGAAUCGUACGAUUUUGUUAUAGAUGUUAUAUAAUUCGUUUAAUUUCAUUUAUUUGCGAAUAUAUAUAAUAUAUGUAUGUAUAUAUAUAUGUAUGUAUGAAAUCAUAUAUGAACAUGUUAAUGCACAAAAAUUUAAUAUUUUCUAUAAUUGGUUGGCAUUUGAAACAAAACUGAUUUUUUAAGGAAGUAAAAAGCGUGUCCGCCAAACUUAUUUUUAAACGAACGGCCGCUCCAUUAUCAAAAUGAAGUGUAGAGUUAAAACAUUUUAGUUAUUUCAGUGCUCCUAGUGCAACUUAAGAGUGGUAAAUUUGUCUUUUUCAAAAUGUAAAUGAAAUUCCAUGAGUUAGAUUACUAAUACGUAAAAUAAACUUCUGUUUAAAAAUUUUGUAUUUACCACCAAUACAGUUCUUUUGAGUCGUUAGCAAAAUGGGAAUUAGUAAUGGGAAAAUGCGAAAAGACGAUCCGAAUAUGUCAUUGUGAAAUGAUAUAAAAGUAGUGUAAUAGGUAGAAGGUAUUCUAUUUAUAGAGGAACUGAUUUGAUAGUAAUAUAGUAUAGUAUAGUGUUGAUAGUUUUAUACAAUAUAAAAGAUUUAAUAUAUUAGCUUGUUUAGGUUAGUUUGGUAGACUAAUGAGCCACCCAUAGACCAGAUUUUCUUCUUUGCGAUACCAAAUGGAGUUCCGUUAUGAAGUCAAUGAGGAGAAGCCUCAUUAACAAAGGUGGCCCCAGAUGCUUAAAGUUUAACCUUAUCAAUACAGGAAAAGUACGCAGACAUGCUUCAUUGUGCAGGGUGACCUGUGAUUAUUCCAAUCAUCGUCCUUCAUUCCCUUCUACCGAAGAAUUCCGGCAGCAAUUACCCGUUUGAAAAAUAACAAAGCGGGGGGAGCGAAUGGAUUACCGGCCGAGCUAUUCAAAUACGGCGGCGAAGAACUGAUAAGGAGCAUGCAUCAGCUUUUUUUGUAGAAGCUUGCCCGACGAUUGAAAUUUAAGUUUUAUCUCCCCAAACCCCAAAAAGGGAGACCCCACAAUCUGCGCCAACUACCGUGGGAUAAGGUUCCUCAACAUCGAGUAUAAGGUUCUAUUGAGCGUAUUGUGUGAAAAAUUAAAUCCCACUGUCAACAAACCGAUUGGACCUUAUCAGUAUGGCUUUAGGCCUCUAAAAUCAACAACUCACCAGAUAUUCACCAUGCGCCAAAUCUUGGAAAUGACCCGUGAAAAGAGGAUCGACACAUACCGCCUCUUCGUCGAUUUGAAAGCUGCUUUUGACAGCACGAAAAGGUGCUGCCUUUAAGCCGCGAUGUCUGAAUUUGGUAUCCUCGCAAAACUAAUACGACUGUGUAAACUGACGUUGAGCAGUACCAAAAGCUCCAUCAGGAUCAGGAAGGACCUAUUUGAGUCGUUCGACACCAAACGAGGUUUACUGUUGGAGUAAAUAAUUCGAACUACAAAGCUUACUCAAGCAGGUGCAAUAUUUUAUAAAAGUGUACAGCUGGUGAUGUACGCCGAUGAUUUUGACAUCAUUGAGCUCAACAUCCGUUGGUACUGCUUCCUGGAUGGAUAAGAAAGCGAAGCAAAUGGGUCUAGUACUGAACGAGGGCAGGACGAAAUAUCGCCCGUCAUCAAACAAACAGUUGUCGCAGUCUCGGUUUGGCUCCCACGUCACUGUUGACAGUAAUAACUUCGAAGUCGUAGAUAAUUUCGUAUAUCUUGUAACCAGUAUUAACAACAACAACAAACAAAGCAGACUAACUCUUGCCAACAGUUGUUACUUCGGACUGAGUAGGCUAAGUCACUCAAUAUUCCUGUCCUUCUAAUUGGGGCGGAGGUAUAGACGAUAACAACAUAUGUUGGGUCGACGUUAAAAGUUUCCAAGAGAAAGGUUCUGCGAAAGAUUAAUGGUUUGCGCAUUGGCAUCGGCAUAUAUGCGGGUCACUCUUCACCAGGACAAUGCUUGCUCUCACAUAUCGACUAAAAACACUGCAUUUUUGGCACGCAAAACAUCGAUUUGAAGAGUUAUCCUCCGUAUGGUCUUGACUUGGCACCGAGUGACUUCUUUUUAUUCCCAUUCGUAAAAAUAAACUAAGAGGUCAAGGUUUUUCGACGCGCUUGAUGCGUUCAAAAGAUAUCUCAAUCAGCUUGGCAAAACUGCUUCGACAAUUGGUUCAAACGCAUGCAAAAGUGUAUACUUGUAGAUCUUAGUGGAGUAUAUUUUGAAAAACAAUAAAGCUAUUUUCGAUGAUUAAAAUUUCUUUUUGUUCUCAAAUCUCGAAAUAUGUAUAAAAGGCAACCUACAUAGUGUUUAAUUACGCUUUUGUCGAAUCAAUGAAUCUAACAAUGUUGAAUCACAACUUCUUGGUGGCCAUUCAAUAUCACAAUUUCUUGAAAUAAUCGAAUUGCCAAACUUUUCUCGCAAUAAUUCGGUUGUUUAACGUGGUGUGCGGCACGUAGCCCCGUCUUGUUGGAUGAUGUCAACUUCUUCUAAUUGUGGCCAUAAAAAAGUUGGUUAUCAUCGACAUUAAUAAUUUAGUAUUUUGUAAACGUAAUUUGAAUUUAAUAAUUUGUAAACGUUAUUCUUGCGUACAUAUGUAUAUCCUUCCAUGAUGAAAUAAAAACAAAAUUGCAGAUGUUGUUUCUCUUUACUGGGGUAGAAGGUUAUAGCCGAGAUAACAACAGCGCACCAGUCGUUUAUUCUUUUCGCUAUUUGGACUUUACUUUUCAAUUACCUACAACGCUGAUAAUGUUGUUGGUGUUGAUACUGAUUCCAAGAUAGACGAAAUUAUCUUUGACGUCAAUGUUAUGACUGUCAACAGUGAAGUGGGAGCCAAGUGGCGAAUGCGACACAGGUAUAUUUCGUCUUGUCCUCGUUCACAACCAGACUCAUACGCUUCGCUUCAUUAUCCAGUCUGGAGAAAGCAGGACACAUUCGUAUUAGCUUUGCGGGGAUACCAAGUUGACAUAUUCGUGUGUCUCGAUCUUAAUACAAUACAUUGCAGAUCAUGACGUCUUAAAAAUGGGCUAAACGACUCUCAGAAAUUAUAUCAUCCCUUUUGGAAAACCCGAUAUAUGCAAAUAAUAAUCUUAGCAUGUACCAUAUAAGUUGAAAAACUGUAUUUCCAGCGAAAAUGUAUCUUAACAAUAAUAAUAAUCGUAUAUACAUACAUAUGUUUCCCACCAGUUCACCUUUUAUGAAAAUAAAACAUCAUUAUGAUAAAUUGGAAUAAACAUGUUCACAAGAAGGAA